AUGGCUGAUGCUCUGGUUGCUAGGUGCCUUUACUCUGGCAAAGGUUAUAUGAUUCCUUUGAAUCAAUGCAUGAGCUACUCUGAGUUGCAUGAAGACAUUUUCCGUACAUUCCAGUUUUUCCCAAGUGAUAUUAUUGAGCUUCAGUAUUCAGUUCCAGUUUUAAAGAUUGGGGGAGGUCUUUUGAGAACUUGUUUGGUGGAUAGUGGUUCGGAAGUUAUUGAUGAAGAUGAUUAUUUGGGUGAUGCAUUCAGGACUGAAGUUCACAAGACGUAUUUGUCUGAUGAGUGGAGUUCUUAUAUUCAUCAUGUUGGGGAUAAGUUUCAUGGUGCUGCUGAUCUCCGUGAGAAGCUCAGGAAGUAUGCAAUUGCAGUUGGUUUCGAGUUUGUAUUCCUGAGAAAUGAUUUGGACCGUAUUGAUGCAGUCUGUGCAAAUGUUGGAACUGAAGGUUGUGAUUGGAAUCUUCGUGCUUUUUCAUCAUCUGCCAAUGGUUGCCUUUAUAUAACAGAGUUGAAUAAUAUUCACACUUGCAAGGGUGUAGUUAGGACUCAAAAGCACAAGCUUUUGGGAUCCAAGGUUGUCAAGACUUGCAUUGCUGCUGAUGUUAGCUUUAAUCUUUCAUUGAAGCCAAGGGAGAUUAUGAGCAAGUUCAAAUCAACAUAUGGGUUUGAUAUUUCCUACAAGGUUGCCUUGAAAGCAAAGCAUCGGGCCAAGGAAGAGAUUUAUGGUUCCGAUGCAGACACGUUCAGCAAGUUAUCUUGGUAUAAGGAAGCUGUUUUGCAGAGUAACCCUGGCUCUUCUUUUGUGUUGGAGGUUGAACCAUCUACAAAUCAUUUUUAG